UGUGUGCGUGUGUGUGUGUGUGUGUGUGUGUGUGUGUGUGUGUGUGUGACUGCUUUACAACACUUUGUGUGUCUCAGGUGUUCACAUUGUCCAGUGGAUGUCAGGAUGUGAAUGGAAUGAUGAGACUGAUGAGGUUAAAGGUUGGUAUCAGGAAGGUUAUGAUGGAGAAGAUUUAAUAUCGUUGGACAUGAAGACAUGGACAUAUACUGCAGCAAAACCACAAGCUUUCCCUGACAAACUCCAGUGGGACCAGAACAUAUUUCUACUAGACCACCAUAAGUAUUAUUACACUGAGCGUUGUCCUUCUUACUUGAAGAAGUAUGUGAAGAAUGGGAAGAAGGUCCUAAUGAGAACAGAGCUUCCAGAGGUGUUCGUCCUCCAGAAGACGCCAUCCUCUCCAGUCACCUGCAUGGCGACAGGUUUCUACCCCGACUUAGCCGACCUGUUUUGGAGGAAAGACGGCGAGCAGAUCUUCGAGGACGUGGAGCACGGAGAGCUGCUCCCCAACCACGACGGAACCUUCCAGAUGUCGGUGGAGCUGAAAGUGGAGGUGACGGCCGAGGUGGAGGGCAAGUACGAAUGUGUGUUCCAGCUGUCUGGCGUCAAGGAGGACCUGGUCACCAAGCUGGAGAGAAGAAGCAUCCUGAGCAACGCAAGCCAUGAAGACAACUGGAGCGUCGCCCUCGCUGCCACGGCGGCGGUCGUCGCUGUGGCGGCCGUCCUGGCGGCCAUCAUCAUCGUCAUGGUCAGGCGUCACAGAAACAGACAAGCUCAAGAAGGUGGCGGCUGAAGGCUGAGAUGCUUUGUGCACUGGAACACAGAGAGAUGUCUCCAUCGCUGAGGGACGUCAUGGAGAUGUGCUUUGUUCUUCAUCCCACUGCUCCUCACGCUAUUCCAUCUAUUCUUCUUUGGCCGUUAAAAUACUUUCAACAUCAAACGUU